AUGGCGGAAAAAGAAACUGACAAACUUUCUUCAUUGCCCGAAGACAUUCUUCUCUACAUUCUUUCCUCGCUUCCUUUCAAAGAAGCCGCGAAAACAUGUAUCCUCUCCAAGAAGUGGCUGAAGCUGUGGCAAUCUACCAACACAGUCAACAACGACGAACUUGAAUGGAAGAAUGAAGAAGCUUGUGGAGCCGUUGAAGUAGCGCAAAGGAAGGCUUUCAAGAACUUCUUCAAGAUCUGGAUCACAUUGCAGAAGCACCACCAUCUCCACCACAAAUUCACCCUCAAGGUUUUUCCUCCUCCUAACUGCGGCGACAUUGUCGGAGCCGGCGUCGAUUUCGCCGUACUGGACGGCGUCAAAGAUUUGGAACUCGAUUUCUUGGAACAUACUGAAGAGUGCUACGGUCAUGCCUCGGUUGAAUUUCCGAGAAGCGUUUACGAGAACAAGAAACUGCACCAAAAACUGGAGAGUUUGGAACUUUACUCGUGCAGUUUGGCGCCUGGAAACUUGACCAAGUUUGAGGCACUGAAUGAUGUGACUCUUUCUUCGAUUCAGUUGACAAUGGAAUCGGUUAAGACGCUGCUAUCGACUUGCCCUUGGAUGGAGAGUCUGAGCCUGAAGUACUGUUGGGAUCUUGAAUCCUUUGAUAUAGAUAAAUUGAAUCUGAAGAAGUUGGUGAUUCAUGAGUGCCUAUUUGGUUGGAAUUAUAUUCGUUUUGAGGCGCCAAAUCUGAAGGUUUUCAAGUACUGCGGAUUGCCGCCGGAGUCUGAAGUGAAGGUGGUAGCUGGUACCAUAGAGGAGGCAGAUCUUGAUUUAAGCCCCAUGGAUGAGUUCUUUGCAUGUGGCAACGAACUUCGGAAAUUUAUUCGAGAUUUCUUUGCUGUCAAUGUUCUUACGGUUUGCAGCGUCAUUCUUCAGCAAUAUGAAGUCCGUUAUUAUACCGAUGAAUCCUGGAAAAGGUUCAUAGUGCCGAUUUGCUUCCAAAGAAGCCUCAGGGAAGUGGAAGUGAAUGGGUUUAAAGGAACACGCGGCCAAUUUGAUGUAUGCUCCCAUUUGAUCCGCUCUACUUUAAUUUUGCGGAAGCUCAGCGUCAAUGUUUUGAAUGAUGAUGACCCUGCCAGGGUGGUGAGGCGUCGUAGUAUCGGAUGGCAAUUGCACCGUAUUUCAAAGGCUUCAAGUGAUUUGGUGAUAAUAAUUCGUUGA